AAACUGAGUUGUCCAUAAGAAAGGAAUAGGAAAAAAAAGUUGCUUUUGUUGUAAUUUCCUUCUUAUUUCUUUAAAGAAAAUACAUGGAACCGUGAAGAAAAGUUAUUUAGAUUAUUUUCUUAAAUAAAUUAAAAGGGAAUUUAAUGAAAAAUCUUUUUAAAAUGGAGUGCUAAACUAAGCAAGAGCGCUUAAGGACAAAGCGCUACUUGAAUAGCGACAGCCGAGGUAGGAAAUGAGAAAAGAAAAAGUUGAAAAAAUCCAAUCUAAGGAGAACACAAAGACCCAAAACGUUAUUGGAGAGCGGCGGAUAACGCGUAUUUUAAAGUAGAACUGGUAGAGCGGUUUGAAUGCAAUUUAGGCAAGUGGUAAGUGGCACUAAUGGUGGUAACACUCAUCAUCAUCAACAGCAACAACAGCAUCAGCAGCAACAGCAGCAAGGUUCCGCAGCUCAUACACCAUCUGAAAUUCCAAUACCAUUUAUGCAUUUGGCUGGUGUCAGUGCCGAAGCUCACGCUGCCGCUCAGGCUGCAGCAAUGGCCGCUGCUCAGGCGGCCGCUGUGCAGGCAGCAGCGGCCGAACAACAACAACAGCAGCAGCAACAAUCGAAUGGUGGUGGCAAUACAGCAUCAUCCGGCACCACUCUGGCUCAUCACCACGCCAUAUUGCAACAGCAUCAGCUCGCACAUUUAGUGGCCACUGCGGCACACAGUCCCGCGCUUUCUGAACAGCAUUUUAUUGCCCGUGAAGCUAACACUUUGACUAAUGGUCAUAACAGUACGCCUACGCCUACAACACCUGGACCUGAAAAGCCAUUUCAAUGCAAUGUGUGCGAAAGGCGAUUCCGCCAAUUGAGUACACUAACCAAUCACGUAAAGAUUCAUACCGGAGAGAAACCGUACAAAUGUAAUGUUUGUGAUAAAACUUUUCGUCAGUCGUCCACUUUAACGAAUCACCUGAAAAUACAUACCGGCGAGAAGCCAUUCAAUUGUACCUAUUGCCCGAAAAAUUUUCGUCAAUUGAGCACACUGACGAAUCAUUUAAAAAUACAUACCGGUGAAAAACCGUUUGAAUGUGCCGUCUGCAAGAAACAAUUUCGUCAAUCGAGUACACUUAAUAAUCACAUAAAAAUUCAUGUUAUGGAUAAAGUUUAUGUGCCCGUUAAGAUCAAAACCGAAGAGGAGGAAGGAUGACUAGAGGAUAUGAUGGUGGUUG